CGCCGGUUGCCGAGGCGUCUGCCAAGGCCCGCGGAGAUUGGGGAGCAGACAGCAGCGAGAGACCCCUUGGGCGCUCCAGGACUUCGGGGCCCCCAGCCAUGCAGCGGCUGGCCCUGCCCCUGCGGGCCUUCUCCACGCCCCGCUGCCGGGGACUUCUGACCGCACAUCCCUGACACCGGGGCAUCGCCAGCAGCCCUCAAGGAGCUGUCCCCCCGGGUGCGCUGGACCCCUGGACUAUGCCAUCCAAGUCAGCCUGCCUGGGGCCCUCGGAGGCGGCGCCCCAGCAGCCCGAAGCCAGAAUGCUCAAGGGGAGACUUCCGAACACAGACAGAGACCUGGUCCCCUGCCCAGGGGCCCUGCCCACCGACAGCUCUCCCGGGCCUGAGAAGAGCCCAGUGGUCCCUCUGGACAUGCCAGCAGAAAUCACCAAUGAAGACCCACAGGCUAAGGCCAAACCCUUCACCCCAAAGCCACCGACGAGGCCCAGGCUGGAGCGGGCACUGUCCCUGGAUGAGAAGGGCUGGAGGAGGAGGCGUUUUCGGAACAGCCACGAGGACCUGGCCUCCCGGAACGGGGCCAGCCCCUCCAGGGCCUCCUCGCGGGACGAGGCCCCCGGGCCCUCUGCCCACACUCACUCCCCACCCUGCCUGAGCACCUCCUUGCAGGAAAUCCCCACGUCCCGCGGGGCUCUGGGCCACGCGGGCGGGAGCCCCUCCUCAUGGGGUAAUGGUGUCUCUGGAAUCAUCGGCACCUCCCUGGAUGCCCUGCACCGGAACGGGGCCCCGGCGGGGAGCACCCCCAGGCUGGCCAGCGGGCUUCCCUCACGCCUGCUGCCCGCGCUGGACUGGAACGUCGCCUCCAACUCCCUGCGGACGGCGAACAAGGUGGAUGCGGACCACGCGGACUACAAGCUCCGCCUGCAGACCAGGCUGUUCCGGGCCCACAGCAGCCUGGGCCCCAGCCGGCCCCCCAGCCCCCUGGCCUGCGACGACUGCUCCCUGCGCUCCACCAAGUCCUCCUUCAGCCUCCUGGCGCCCAUCCGUGCCAAGGACGUCCGGGACAGGAGCUAUCUGGAGGGGAGCCUCCUGGCCAGCGGGGCCCUGAUGGGGGCGGACGAGCUGGCCCGGUACUUCCCGGACCGGAGCGUGGCCCUCUUCGUGGCCACCUGGAACAUGCAGGGCCAGAAGGAGCUGCCUCCCGACCUGGGUGAGCUCCUGCUGCCCGCGGAGGCCGACUUCGCCCAGGACCUGUAUAUCAUCGGGGUCCAGGAGGGCUGCUCCGACAGGCGGGAGUGGGAGGCGCGCCUGCAGGAGACGCUGGGGCCGCACUAUGUCAUGCUGUCCUCCGCGGCCCACGGGGCGCUGCACGUGUCCGUGCUCAUCCGCCGGGACCUCAUCUGGUUCUGCUCAGAGGUGGAGAGUGGCACAGUGACCACGCGCAUCGUGUCCCAGAUCAAGACCAAGGGGGCCCUGGCCGUGGCCUUCACCUUCUUCGGCACCUCCUUCCUCUUCAUCACGUCCCACUUCACCUCCGGGGACGGGAAGGUCAGCGAGAGGCUGCUGGACUACAGCAAGACCAUCCAGGGGCUCGCCCUGCCCAGGAACGUGCCGGACACCUGCCCCUACCGCUCCGACUCGGCGGACGUCACCACCCGCUUCGACGGGGUGUUCUGGUUUGGAGACUUCAACUUCCGCCUGAGCGGCGGGCGCGUGGCAGUGGAGGCCCUCCUGAAGCAGGACCCGGGGACGAGCGUGCCCGCCCUGCUGCAGCUGGACCAGCUCACCCGGGAGAUGAAGAAAGGGUCCAUCUUCAAGGGCUUCCAGGAGCCUGACAUCCACUUCCUGCCGUCGUACAAGUUCGACAUUGGGAAGGACUCCUAUGACACCUCAUCCAAGCAGAGGACCCCGUCCUACACGGACCGGGUCAUGUACCGCAGCCGCCACAAAGACGACAUCUGCCCGCUCAAGUACGCGUCUUGUCCUGGGGUCAAGACCUCGGACCACCGCCCCGUGUACGGCCUGUUCCGUGUGAAAGUGAGGCCCGGGAGAGACAACAUCCCGCUGGCCGCCGGCAAGUUUGACCGCGAGCUGUACUUAAUUGGGAUUAAAAGGCGGAUUUCCAAAGAGAUGCAGAGACAGCAGGCCCUGAAGACGCAGCACGCCAGCGCCAUCUGCACCGUUUCCUGAGGGAGCUCCUCUGAAGAGGGCUGUUGCCCGCCGAGGACGGAGGCGGCUGCCGGUGGGGACCGCCCUGCCUUGGGGAUGCUGGUGACCCAUGGCCGGAGGAUGCCCUACCUUCUGAGAGAGAACCUGACAGGCCCGUGGACUGCAGCCGGGGCGGGCCCUCCGCCAGGGGCCAGAGCCAGCUGCUGACUUUGUGAGGCGUCCCUGCAGAGGCCCAGCUUCCCUUGGGGCAGGCGGAGCUGGGGCCCCACGCUGGCCAUGCCAUGCCUGCCCUGUCCCUUGGGGGGCUCACGCCCCUCGAGCCGGCAGCAGAGCCGCUGCCCGAGCCUGUGCCAGCUCCCCGUCCCGCUUGCACGCCCGCGGCUGCCCCAGCGACCAGGUUCCAUCCUCUGGCCCUUCCUCAUCUGAGCACAGCUGGCCUGAUACCAGGGGGGCUACUCAGUGACACGGUGGGGUGACUUGGGGCACACGCUAGGACCAAGCGGAGGCUAAGUUGGUCACCGGGCUAAAGCCAGACACUGUCCAGGGAGCCACCAGGGUCCCACUGCUGGGCUGGGGCAGGGAGGGGGGAAUGUGGCCGAUGUUUCAGGGCCGGAUGGGCCCUCCAGCCGUGAUGCCACCUCCCUGCCCUCCCGGCUUCACCAGU